AUGAGUACGGAAAAUAUACCACAAUCUCAACCAUUAACUAAUGAUCAAGUACAAAAUAAUGCAGGAGGUUUUAGUUGGGCUGUAGAUGAUAUGCAACGUCUUCGACGUUUUCUUUGUUUGGGUAGUGAAGGUGGCACAUAUUAUCAAGGUGAAAAAGAACUUGGUGUUGAAAAUGCCCAAGCAAUAUUAAAAUUAAUAGCAGAUGGUCGUGGUUUAGAUGUUGUUGAAACAAUUAAAACAUAUUCCAUUGAAGGACGCACAUCAAAACAAAAUCCUAUUAUGUUUGCAUUAGCACUUUGUGCAAAAUCUACUGAUUUACUAACAAAACGUGCUGCUUAUAGUUCAUUAUCUGAAAUAUGUCGUAUUCCAACACAUUUAUUCAUGUUUAUUAAAUAUGCUCAUGCACUUGGUCAAAAUUGGGGUCGUGCACAACGUCGAGCUGUAUCAAAUUGGUAUAUAGAACAAAAUCCAAGUAAAUUAGCUAUGGCUAUAACAAAAUAUCAAAAUCGUGAAGGUUAUUCUCAUCGUGAUAUACUUCGUUUGGCACAUCCAGGUACAAAAGAUCCAUUACUUUGUUUUUUAUUUGAUUAUAUAACUCAUGGAUUUAAACAAGCUAAUGAAAAUUUAAAUAAACCAAAAGAAUCAACAAAUGGUAAUAAUAAUAAUAAUACUGAAGAUAUAACCGAGAAAGAUCAACAACAACAAGAACAAAAACAACAAAAAGAAAAUUUAAAUGAUGAAGAUGAUGAAACAAAUAAUAAAAAACUUGUAACUAUAGAACAAUUAAAAGAUUUUUUGGAAACUGUUGAAAAAGUUAAAAUAUCAACUAAUGAAGAUGAACUUAUUACAGCUAUUAGACAACAUCAUCUUGUUCGAGAACAUAUGCCAACAAAUAUGCUUAAUUCAAAAUCUAUUUGGUCUGUAUUAUUAGAAAAAAUGCCAUUAACAGCUAUGAUUCGAAAUUUAGGUAAAAUGUCUGAAAUUAAUCUAUUAACUGAAAAUAGUGAAGCAGAAAAACGUGUUGUUGAACGAUUAAAAAAUCGUGAACAAUUACAACGUGCACGUAUUCAUCCAUUUAAUGUUCUUGUAGCAUUAGAAACAUAUAAACAAGGCAAAGGUUUUAAAGGAAAAUUACAAUGGCAAGUUAGUGAACAAAUAAAAAAUGCUUUGGAAGAAGCUUUCUAUCUUUCAUUUAAAUUUGUUAAAUCAACUAAUCAACGUUAUUUACUUGGACUUGAUGUUAGUGGUAGUAUGUCAUGUGGUACAAUUAAUGGUUCACCAUCUAUUACACCUGCUGUUGGUUCAUGUGCCAUGUGUAUGGUUACACAUCGUAUAGAACCAUAUGCCAAAGUAGUUGCUUUUUCUGAUCAUCUUAUUCCAGUUGAUUUUUCAAAAACAGCUAAACUU